AUGGUAGAUCAUAACGAGAAAUUGUUACAGGAGUUGUUAAAGAAACCAGGGAAUAAUGUUUGUGCCGACUGUGGGAGCGUGGAUCCGGACUGGGCAUCAUACAACAUCGGUAUAUUCAUAUGCAUGCGAUGCGCCAGUGUCCAUCGCUGCAUGGGAGCUCAUAUCAGUAAAGUUAAACACCUGGAACUAGACCGCUGGGAAGAUUCCCAGGUCCAGAGGAUGAAGGAAGUGGGGAAUACAGCUGCUAAGAAUAAAUACGAGGAGAGAGUACCGCCGUGUUACAGACGUCCCACGAAGAAUGAUCCACAGGUAUUAAUCGAGCAGUGGAUUAGAGCGAAGUAUGAGAGAGAGGAAUUCUGUCAUCCAGAACGUCAGAACUACCUCUCAGGGUCAAUGGUCGGUUUCCUGAUGAAGAGAGGCAAAGAGGACAGCCGCUAUCAGCUCAGAAAGUUCGUUCUCAACGAAAGCGAGGACACACUGAAGUACCAAGACGCUUCCGACGGCUGUAGCCGUGCAUCGGGUUGUCUCGGUCGGAUUUUCGAACAUCUCCGACUCAAAAACUUGGGUCGUUUGAGAUAUCACGUAAAGGAACAUAGGGAGCCGAAGGGUGUUUUGAAGCUGUCUGAGCUAAACGUGUCUUUCGCUCCUGAUAAAAUCGGCCAUAGGAACUCCAUGCAGCUAACCUUCAUGAAGGAUGGUUCGACGAGACAUAUAUACGUUUAUCACGAAGAUCCAGAAGUUAUCAACUGCUGGUAUACGGCUAUACGAUGCGCUAAACUGCACAUACUGCAAGUAGCGUUCCCAUCAACACCACAAUCGGAUCUAUUGCUCCGUCUGCCAAAGGACUUCGCUCGCGAGGGCUGGUUGUGGAAGACGGGUCCUCGGCCGUCAGACGUGCACAGACGAAGAUGGUUCACGUUGGACAAUAGGAAGCUGAUGUACCACGACGAACCGUUGGACGCGUAUCCCAAGGGCGAGAUAUUUAUUGGCCAUGAAUCAAACGGCUACCAUAUCAAAGUAUCAAACACUGGUAACGGUUGUAAGGAGGCGCGGUUCCCGUUCCAUCUUGUGACUCCCGAGCGGACCUUCUCCCUCGCUGCCACCACUCACGAGGACAGAGCGGGCUGGCUGGCCGUCAUACAAGCGACGCUCAAGAGACCGCUCACGCCUCAAGACCUGAACGUUGAAGCGACCCUCGUCAGAAAACGCACAACAUCAAACUCGAUCAGCAUAUUCUCCGGGAGAUGA